AUGCCGAUCAUUUCGGCCAUUGCCUCCAGUGAAAUAAAAGCCUCCGUCAGGUGCGACAUCAGUCUUAUCUUCCCCAUCAAGAUGCUGUCGGAUAUUGUUGGUGACAGUCCCAACUUGGUGUUGAAGUCCUCUGCUAACACUUCCCCAUUGCAGCAAGACGAUCCGGGUGUAAAGGCUCCCAGCCCUAGGGAAGGUGGUAUUGAGAAUCUGAGUCUGGCAGCAGAAGCACAGACCUCCCAUGUGGAGGAUGAAGAGCCCACUCCUGUAUGUGAGGAGCAUCAUGCCCCAUGUCCAUGGCCAAUCAUGGUUGUUGAAACAACCAAAGACUUCAUGGACUUAGAAGACUUGGAUGUUCACCAUAUCAUCACUGCCACCAAAGGUAGAGUCUACCUUGGCAUUAGCAUUCGGUACACCGGGGAAAACUAA